AUGAACGAGCACAAGUCUAGGGACUAUGAUUAUUUAUACAAAAUAAUACUGAUAGGUGACAGUGGAGUGGGCAAAUCUUGUAUUUUAUUAAGAUUUUCAGAUGAUCAUUUUACUGAAAGUUACAUAACGACUAUUGGAGUUGAUUUUAGAUUUCGAACAAUAAAGAUAGGUGAUAAAAUUGUUAAGUUACAAAUAUGGGAUACAGCAGGGCAAGAAAGAUUCAGAACAAUAACAUCUGCUUACUAUCGAGGCGCAGAUGGUAUAAUAAUUAUUUAUGACACAACUGAUAGGAAUUCUUUUCUUCAUAUAAAAGAAUGGAUGAAUGAAAUUAAUAAGUAUACAAAUGAAGAGACUUGUAAAUUGUUAGUUGGAAAUAAAGCUGAUUGUAAGGAUGAGAUGGAAAUUACAACUACCGAGGGUGAAAAUAAAGCAAAGGAAUUAAAUAUUCCUUUUAUUGAAACUUCAGCAAAAGAUGCUACAAAUGUAGAAUUGGCAUUCACUAUGAUAACAGAAGAAUUAAUUAAAAAAAAAAAAAAAAAAAAUGUCUCGUCUCUCGGGGCUUCACAGUCAAAGGUAAAGUUAUCUCCACAGGACCUUGGACCAGGUGCCUCCUGCACCUGUUAA